AUGAAACAAGGUAAAUGUACCAAACAACCUAUGACUUUAACCUCCACUGCGUCGACUGCGUUCGAGAAGGUUUUCCUAGAUUUAGUCGGACCAUUGGAUAGGGAUGAGAAUGGAAAUUGUUAUAUUUUAACUCUCCAAUGCGAGUUAACAAAAUAUAUAGAGGCGUAUCCAUUGCCUAAUAAAGAAGCUGUUACAGUUCCAGAAGCUUAUUCAAAGUUACUGGAUGUCUUUAACACGCCAAACAAGACACCAGAAACAAUAUCUGAUAUUAUUAUGAAGACUUUGGAGAAGCACGACUUAAGUAAAAAAUGUAUCUCCCUAACAGCGGGUAAUGCCAACGUAAAUUUUGGAGGGAUCAACAGACAAGCAGGAAGAAAUGUGUUGACAAAUCUUAAGAAUAAACUAAAUAAGGAGGUUGUUGGAAUUGAUUGCCCAGCACAUAUUUUGCAUAAUUGCAUCCAACAGGGUACUGAUGUACUAAGAUUAGAUAUCGAAUCGCUGAUAGCGAGUACCAGUAAUUCGAGGAAGAGAAAUCUUACAGAAAAAUUAAUUGAACAGUGGUUAGAAGAAGAUAACGAGCACGAGUUUAGUGAUGUAGACGACGAAGUAGCUGAUCAACAUUUUACAAUUGAAGAAGAAGAACAUGUUGCGAGUGAGAUUUCAGAAGUCGAAGAAAUAGAAAUUGAAACAUCGAGUGAAGGGACAAAUCGUUCUACUAAUACGCCUGACUCGAACCGCAAUCGUUAUCGAGGUAAAAAUGGUUUUGUUUGGUCAGUUACUGACUUUUUAAGGACAUCGCGAACACUAGCUCGUAACAUUGUGUCUUUACCUAGACAAAACCCUGAUCAUACGAGAUUUCCCGGUUACGAAGCACUCUGGCUGAAGCUUUUUGAUGACAAUAUGAUAGAAACAAUAGUUUCCUGUACAAAUAAAAAACUUGAAGUUUACCGCCGCCAGUUCUCUAAUUAUUCGAAACACGAGCUGAGAGAUACAAAUGCUGUAGAAAUUCGAUCUUUAUUUGGAUUAUUAUACUAUUCCUCAGUAUUCAAAUGUAACGAUGCUGAUUCAAACUAUUUGUUUGCAACUGAUGGAACAGGUCAUGAAAUAUUUAGAUGUGUCAUGUCUAAAUAUAGAUUCAACACACUUUUGAAUUGCUUGAGGCUGGACAAUAUUGAUGACCGACAGGAGCGCUUAGAAACUGACCCUCUUGCUGCUGUUUCUGGAUUUUUUGAUAAAUUUAUCGCAAAUUGUCAAGCAAAUUACACACCUGGUCCAUACACCUGCGUUGACGAAAUGCUAUUAGCCUUCAAAGGUCGCUGCAAAUUUGUCAUCUACAUGCCCAAAAAACCCGCUAAAUAUGGGAUCAAGAUAAUGGUCUUGAGCGACGCCCGGGAAUCCUACGUAUAUAACGCAUACAUUUACCACGGCAAGGGUUCUGAUGGUGUAGGUCUCCCGGAGGCUGAGAAAAAGCUUUCUGUCCCUACACAGUCUGUGUUGCGACUUAUAAAACCCAUUGAAAAUACCAAUCGUAAUGUGACAGCGGACAAUUGGUUCAGCUCAAUACCUCUGGCAGAAAUGCUAUUGAAAAAAGGACUGACAUAUUUGGGAACAUUAAAAAAGAACAAACGAGAAAUACCUCCAGAGUUUAUGCCAAGUAAAAACAGAGCUGUUGAAAGUUCUCUUCAUGGUUUUACAAAAGACCUCACUUUGUUGUCUUUUGUCCCGAAAAAAGAUAAAGCCGUCAUACUAAUUUCUAGCUGUCACCAUAGUGCAAGUACGGACACAGAAACUAGAAAACCGACCAUAAUAGUCGAUUAUAAUCACACAAAAGGCGGGGUCGACGAAAUCGAUAAAAAAUGUGCGAUAUAUUCCUGCAGUCGUAAAACGAGACGUUGGCCACAAGCUAUAUUUUAUCGAGUACUAGAUAUUGCUGGCAUCAAUGCAUAUGUACUUUAUGGUCAAUGUGAAGGUACGAAAUUGAGAAGAGGAGAUUUCCUUAUGCAUCUAUCCAGAGAACUAGUAUUACCCGCAUUAAAACAGCGAGUUUACAAUGAAAAACUCCCAAGAGAAUUGCGAUUGACUCUGCGACGUGUACUAGGUCAGGACCUGCCCCCACCACCUUUACCCGAGUCUUCUAAUGAGCCUAGUACAUCAUCAAGAAAAUUAUGUCGCAUCUGCCCUAGUAAAUUGAAGCGACAAACAAGAUUUGUUUGUUGUAUAUGUGCGAAACAUAUUUGUUUACAGUGCUCCUCGCAAAUUUGUGUUGACUGCAAGACUGAACUUUGA